AUGCGCAGGAUCACGGGAAGUGGGAGACUAAUGUCAUUAGACUCAUCCUCGGUUUGGACGAAGGACCUCAAGACAACUGAGGCUGGAAGACGUCGGCAGCGACGUAUGCAUCAAUGCGAGCAUUGUGAUAAACAAUUUGAUAGACCGUCAUUGCUCAAACGUCACACGUUGACUCAUACAGGUGAACGCCCAUUCGAGUGCCGAUUUUGUUCCAAAGGAUUCUCCACUCGUAGUGGAGUGAAUACACACGAGCGUACGCACACAGGUCAACGACCGUAUGUUUGUCGGAUUUGCGGACGACGUUUCGCCGCCGGAUCCAAUCUGAUUUUUCACAAAUAUACACAUAGCAAUACAAGACGUCAUCAGUGCUCUCAGUGCCCGAAAGCGUUCGUUACACCGGGGGAUUUACGCAAGCAUGAGUACACUCAUAACGGUCAGUGGCCAUUCCGUUGUUCCAUUUGUGAUCGUGGGUUUGCAACCGAGCGAAAUUUGAAAUCGCACGAAGUGACACACACGGAACCUUCAUCGGAUGAUGGUGAAAGCCGAAUUCAACAAACAAAACAGCGAACAAUUGAGACUCCCGCAUCCAGUUUAGCAGAAUCAUCACCUCAACCGCGGAACACAUUCGCACGCUCGGCUGGCCUCGGGCCUCGUCAGGAUAGGAUCUAUUCCGGUUCACCGAAACAAACUUUUACCCACUCACCAAGAACGUAUUCCGAUCCAAGCUUAGCACAAACGAGUCCAGAACCGCCCUCACCAGGUUAUCACAGACCGCUCAUGAAUCAAUACAGACCACUAUCUGGAAGGGUAUUGAAUGAACCGAAUCAUUGUUCGGCAUUUUCGGCACCAACCAGAAAACCGCGACCAUUAGAACCUUUGCCAGUUGCAAAUAGUUCAGAAUCAGCGGAGUUUGUUUGGUUCUAUGAACGAUACAAAGCUUACUAUCAUUACUACAUUAGUAAUAUGGCAAACCAGACCCAAACACAACCAACAUGUAUCGGGUUGCCUGGUACAACGGUCUCAACAAUGAUCUCAUCCCAAUCGAUUGCUCCAAUAAGUCCACCGGUUUCGUGGUCUCCGGCGUACAAUCUGACCGUUUCACCAACGUCAACUGGUCUACUGUAUGCGAACCAACCCGCUAUGCUUAGUUCCCCGUUGUCAGCACAGGCACCCUUGCAGGGACCGAGCAUAGGCGGCUUCGUAACAGCUCAUCCCGGUGGAUUUCAACCCCCUAUCGAUAGAGAAUUUUCACAAUGUCUGCACUGGAAUCCGUUGCCUCAGGCUCUGUUACCCAGCAGCAACAACAACAAUAUGAAUAACAGUAUUACUACUAAUAGCAGUAGUGUAGGCAAUGGUGGCCAGAUUACCACAGAGAAUGGAGCGUUGGAUUACACACUAGACACUUUAUCCAAAUCACAACAACAACGAGGCUGA